UCAUCACAAGCGCCAGUCGCUCCCCUAGCGGACAGACGCGAACGUCAAGGGUCGCAUACGCGCGUUUUGUGACAUCCGCACAUGCGUUGCAUGCGUGUUGAGUUGUGUGUACGCUGUGUACGCGAUGGAAAAAGCGAAUCCGGCGAGUCAGCCAGCCCACAAAGCUGGUACGCAGUACUGCUGUGUGGUUCAGUGUCAUAACAGUCUCGAAAAUACGAAAGACCGGUACCCUCCCGUGAAAUUCUACAGAUUUCCUGGCAAAUGGUACGAAGCUGAAAGGCGGAAAGCGUGGAAAGCGGCCGUCCGUAGAGUCAACCCUGAUAACACACCUUGGGAGCCUAACCAGACUUCGCGCAUUUGCAGUGACCAUUUUGUCGGCAACUGCAAGAGCGAUUUAAGUCUGCAUCCGUCGUACAUCCCGACCAUCUUCCCCCCUGUGUACCAGAACAAUUCAGCAAACCUGGUGACUGUGAAAGGGCGACAGAAACAUUUGGUAGACCAACAGUGUUUUGGGCUGUCGGAGAGUAAGGAAGCCGCAACAGAGCGCACGCUGGCAGACUCUGGCAACGAAGGUCUUGAAAUGCAUCAGUGUCUAGACACUGCACACCUCUACACUUGUCCCCCUGCUCUUCCAGAACAGGCAGGGGUUUCCAUAAAAACAGAGCCAGUUGACCUGGAGACUUCAAGUUGUACACUGAUGCAAGUUCUUGGUCCAGCAGCAUUUGAUGUUUCGUGCCAGACGGAAUGCUCGCCUGUGGGUGAGCUCUCAGUCCUGCUGUCGGCUACGGACGGGGCCACGGCAUCAACUCAAGUUACCCACGCCCAACAACUUGACAAGCUGCCUUUGUUUGCAGGUGUGCCAUUGUGCAGCAUCUGAGCUUGAGGCUUGCGAGGGCUUGAGCUGAAUGCACCGACCUUGAUGAGGUCUUGGUUUAAUCAUGGUUGCUGCGAUGACGAGAAGUCGCUCGAAUACAGGGGCUGACCUUCUUCAAGCUUCUGGUACCAAGUGCUGCUGUGAUGACGAGCAAGGAAAGCGGGAGUGGAGUUGCAAAGCAAUCCUUUGCAUGGUGCUUCUCACUCGGGACCGCAGGGAGCUGUGGGAGGUUGACGCUAUGCCAUGUUCCCUGCUUGGUGAUGCAAGCAGCGGGAUUACAAGAAAACUUUGUCACCCCACCUGCUGGUACUGCACCUGCCCGUACAAUUCACCUCUCCAACAAGAGGCCUCGCUCUGUGGGACAACCAGUCACCGUGGUAUGCAAGGCUUCUCACAGGUGGGAAGGUUUUUUCUACAUGAUCGUGAAAAGGUAAAAAGGUAAUGCCUGAGAUUCCCAGCUUGCCAUUUGCUACACCGUGCUUGACACAUAAAAAAAUCUACGUUAAGGGAGAUGCUACUCGGAAAAAAAUUUUUUAAUAUAUUCACCCUAGAGCAAUGAAACUUGGUUUGUGCUUGUGGACUUCUUUAUGCCGAUUUCAAAUGUACAGUCAAAACACAAUAAUGAAAUCGCGCAACAACAAAAUACUCACAGCAACAUAAUACAGUAAAAGCUCGUUAAUUCAGAUUUCAUGGGACCGGAAAAAAUGUCUGAAUGAACCAAAUGCGGAAUUAACGAAUGAACAUGAAAAGCAACAUUAAAAUCAAGUUGGAGA